CAUUCUAAAAAAGGGUUACCAACUUGGGGCAUCUUUUUCUGUUUUUGCUUCAAAAUUAUGUGAACUAUUCCUGUUUUUCAAACGAUUUGUCAUCGGUCUGCUGUUGACAUUUGUCCUAUCACUCCAGUACUCCAGUGUUCACUCUGGUAUUUUGACACUCCAAAUUAUUAUGACAGAGGACAAUGCGAUCAAUGAACUUAGUAUUCCAAAAUAAUAAAAACAAGAUACCCUUGAGUCUUGCUCAAUAUCCAAGCAGCACGGAAGAAAACCGAAUGCAUAAACAAAUAAUGCAAAUAUUGAAAUCGAUGCCACAAUAAAAAGGCGAUGAUUAAUAGUGACAGCUACUGAAGAACGGUCGUCUUGGUUUUCUUGCACGUCGCUCCUUUUCCGGUGCAAUUCGGGUUCCAACAAACGAUUCUGCGACAUGAUCUGUGAAUGGAAGCAGAAAUAAAAUUAAUGUCUCAGGUAUUGGCAUACACUUCUCUGAUACUACGGUAUUUUGAGUAAGAAUGACGAAUUGCCACUUUUUUUUCGCUGCCAACGGCUAUGGUUACAGCCUUUUGUCUGUUACACCGGCGUUUUGUGAAAAGAACGCUCAAAAAUCUAUUAAUUAGAAUACAGCAGGCUUUUGCGAGACUGCCCAGUGCUACUUUACCAGGCAACUGUGAAUCUUUGACAAAAAAAAAAUCAAACUAGUGUCGGUGCCAAUGGAAACAUCAAGUACCCAUCCUACUUCAAUUACUCUGGAUGUUCAAAGGGAAUUAACAAAAUGUCUUUUUUAUCGUAAGUGGCUCAGGCUGUUAACAACUUCGGUACUGCUUCCCCUGUCGCUAUCAAACUUUCUUUGGUCGGCGCUCUUAAGAAAGUAUCCCGAGUCUUUGGUGCUCCAAAAAUGUUACAUUAUAUGCUCACUGUUAACGGGUUUUGUUCAAUUCGUUUGCGAAGCAGUAGUAUUUUUUAGCAUGGCGAAACUAGAAGAACGUUUAAAAAAAUAUAACAAGACGGAAUACGAAUUGCCUCAAUAUGAAGAAACAUCUACCACGGCUAAGUCUACCAGUAUUGAACACGUGGAGGAAAACCAUAACGACGACUAUCUAAUACUGAAUGCUUUAAAUAGUCGCUUAAGCUAUAUAACGGGGUCUGGAUUAUUUACGCCUUAUAUUUAUCUUGUAUGGUGUUUAGGUUUAGAUACUUAUUCUUACGAACUAACCUGUUUUCUUUUUGGGAUAUUUACUUCUUGGCUUUUUUUGAUGCAUAUUUUUUUCCUGUGGAAGCCCGUCAGAAUAAUAGCACAUCCUCUAGCAACCCAACUUUGAACGGUGAAAACAUUACACUUGUGUUCGGUUCAAGGGCAUAACUUUCGUCUGUCUAAAUUUCACUGGUCUAUAAAGUGCACUCGAUAUAAGUAAUAAUCAUAAAGCGAGAAAAAGUGUAUACUAAUAUGUAAUCCCAUUGUCAAUUGAACAAGAACAAGAAGCAUGCAGUUAAAUUACUAAACUGUGUAUUACCGUGCUAAACACAAUAUACCAAUGACUUGAUGGAGGGUUUCCUUUGACAAGCUUCAGUCAGUCAAUAGCUGCUAUCCUUGAAAGGCAAUGGAUAUUCCCCGUAGUUACAAGUAACUCUCGUUUCAUAGACUGUUAUUGCUAGUCUAAAGGGGAUAGAGCGAGAGUGAAAGCUUCACAGAACGAUACAACAAAUUCCAAGACACAGCUUAGUAACAUCUUAUUGUUUAUCUUACUUGUGAAUUUGCUAAAAUUUAACUGCAAUACUAGCCACUGUGAUGUUUCAUUCGCUCUUCUUCAAUUAAGCCAGUAAUCACAAUAACAAUUGAGAUUCCAUACCCUGCACUUGAGCAACGUUUUUACGCGCACACAAAAGGUCUAUGGCAAUUCGGAUUCCACUAAACGAUCCUACGGCGUGAUUAACGAAAGAAAGAAGAAUAACAGCCAAUAUCAGAAGGUGUCGGCAGACACCUUCUGAUGCUACGAAAUUUUUACCAUUGGGUGACGAAUUGCCACUUUUUCUUUAUUAUUACUACCAAUAACAUAUUGAGCCUUUUGUUUUCUACACCGCUGCUUUUGACAAUAAAACCUUCUAAUAUUGUCUUGACACGAGGCAAGCUGCUACAGUAAGAUCAAUUGCUCUUUAUAUAUCAGGAAAUACGCCAAAACGAACGCUGACGUUAAUGGAUACAUCAACGAUAUCGUCCAUUCAUGGUGUUCGCAUCUACAGAGACAAAGCAACACUCUCUUUUGAACAGCUCAAACAUUUCAGGUUGCUAUCUAUUGUUUUAUUAUUUCUCUCUUUGUUGAAUUUUCUCUGGUCACUGUUAUUUAAGUAUUUUUCCGUGUCUCGGUUGCUUUUGCUAGUUUCAAAUGUAUGUUAUCUAGGUUCCUGGUCCAUUCAUAUCUAUAUUGUCACAUUUACGCGUUUGUUUGAAGAUGAAAAGAAAGUCAACGAGGAGCCUGAUCAGCCGCCACCGCCUUACGAAGGUCCAUCAAGCAUGACAAAUCAAACAAUUGUUUAACAAAUACUUUAUGGCACGACUUUUGUGACCCUUAGAAAGUGACACACUGAGGGUUAGUCUAUAAACAGGCUUCGUAGAAUCAUUCUUGCAGAGAAACUGAACAGGUCUUAUAACUAUCGUGACCCCUUAGAUGUGCGUACGAUUACGGAUGAAACAAAUUCAGAAUGACCUGAGAAACAUAGUGAUUUUUUUUCUAUUACUGGUACUUAUAUAAGACACUCCUUUUUUACAUGAAACAACUGCACUACGAAUAAACAACAAGACACCGUCAGAUCCGUAGUUUAAUUUACUCUAUUCUUCCUUUAAUCACAUAUAUCGUUACCAUGGGAAAGAAGAUUCCUUAGUUGGAAGUUUAGAAUUAAAAAAGGAAAUAGAACGUGCAUAAGUAUGUUAUUCUUAGAGUUGAAUGAAACGCGUAAACUGGAAGACGGUAUAAGAAUGAACUGUUAUUAGCACAUUUAGGGAGAUAAAAAGACGUUAACCAUUAAAUGGACACUCUCCCAAGAUAAUAUAAUGGAUUGUUUAGGUAAUAUGAACACGCAUGAUUCACUACUAAAACCAUUGAACACCAUAGAGUUCUUUCAAUUAAGACCCAAACUUAUUAGUUCUG